AUGGAGCCUCCACUUUCCCACUCACCUUCAACCAUGUUUGGUGUUACCUAUUGGGUUGGGUACGAGAGGGACUGGGAGGUUCUUGACACGUGUCUCAAUGCUGAUGAUAUGAAGCUUGUGUGUAGCGCUUAUGGGUUCCUCAAGGAUAGGGGCUUCUUGUCCAACUUUGGCAAAUGCAGAAAUAUUGUUUUGGAGGGUCCGAGAAAUGUUACACCGACCGUGUUGAAAUCUUCAACUGGUUUAGAAGUGACUAAACUUUCGCCAAAGAAGUGGGGCGUUUCAGGAAGCUCCAGUGCUGUUCUGAUUGCUUUUCUUGGUGGGGUAUCUUUUCUUCUUUCUAAAGGGAUUGAUGUCAGGCCUAACCUUGCAGCAAUAUUGGGGCUAGCAUUCAUGGACUCUGUCUUCCUUGGUGGCUGCUGUUUAGCUCAAAUAUCAAGUUAUUGGCCUCCAAAUAGGCGCAGGAUCUUGGUUCAUGAAGCAGGGCAUCUCCUGACAGCUUACCUUAUGGGUUGCCCAAUUCGUGGGGUGAUUCUAGACCCAAUUGUUGCAAUGCAAAUGGGCAUUCAAGGGCAGGCGGGAACUCAGUUUUGGGAUGAGAAAAUGGCCAAUGAUCUUGCUAACGGACGACUUGAUGGCACUGCUUUUGACAGGUACUGCAUGGUGCUUUUUGCAGGCAUUGCUGCUGAAGCACUUGUUUAUGGUGAGGCAGAGGGUGGAGAAAAUGAUGAAAAUCUCUUUAUGGGUAUCUGUAUUCUGCUGCAACCGCCAUUAUCUGUAGCUAAGAUGUCAAAUCAAGCAAGAUGGUCGGUUCUUCAAUCUUACAAUCUGCUCAAGUGGCAUAAACAUGUACACCGAGCUGCAGUAAAAGCUUUGGAAAGUGGUGGUAGCCUUAGUGUUGUGAUUAGGAGCAUAGAGAAAGCCAUGUCUUCAAGUAAAUGAAUUGCUGAAGCUUAUAUAUAAUGACUCUUUUCUAUCCAAUAGGUUCAUAAGGUGUUAGUGAUCUGAAGUAUUGCUGGGUUUGAGGUAGGCCUCAUUUUAUUGGUCUGUCUGCUCUCAUCACUUCACUACCUGGAGUAACAUCUUAUUUAAAGUUUAUGCACACAUCUUUUAUCAAGUGUCUAGAUCUGUUGAAGAUGAAGUGCCCUUGGUUAUGCCAUCGUUGGCACAAUGUAUUACUAUGGAUGGAAGGUCUAAGCUGGGGAAAGAGAGAUGCAAUUUGCCAUGAGCUAGGUACCUCUGUUGGGAGGAAUAGAGACAAAUUUGUCCUCUUUGAAACGUUAGUUGUGAUAAGCCCUGCAAUGUUGUUUUGGUUGUGUAUUGGCUUUCUUGUUUGUCUGAUUAUGCUGUAGAUAUAAAUUAUUGUUGCUGAGAAGAACAUAGGAUCUUCCUGAAUGUGCUCAGGAAUAUGGUUGCUAACAAGUAUACAGGAAGUAAAUUGUGGCUUGAUUGUCAAUUUUUAAUAGGCAUUUGACUUUAGCUAUGAUUUAUGUAA